CCCACCACAGACUGAUCAGGGCUUUUACCCGAACAGCACUGAAUGGUAGCAGCUGAGAGACGGGUGCGGAGCGAUGGUUGCCAAACCCUGAGGAUUUCUCACGGCUCACGGACUAGAAUGCUCUAUAUGUAUCCCCAUAAACGGAUGACAACCUCCAAACAAACCUACUGAAAACUUUCAGUUCUACGUUUGACGCGGAGCUGUUAUUUAGAAUUUUUAGAAGAACAGGCAUCAUGCAGGUGCAAACUGUGGGCUAACGUUACUGAAAUGACUUGCUCGGCGUUGAUGCGUUUGUAUAGUGCCAUGCCAAACCCGCAUUGUCAGAUGCCAUUUUACUCUGCGUUAUCCCAGUGUCUGGAAUUCCAACAUACUGGGCCUGUUGUGUAAUUAGAAGUUCGUGAGGCAGUGGCAAACAAGCUGGUGCAAUGAGAAGCUACGCUACCCAACACAUUUUGCGCAAUUUGUGCUAAAGCUUAUGGGUCCUGUGUACUCAAGCUACCGGCUUCCACUUGGAGAGGUGUGCUGCUGGGCUACAGCGCACUGGCUGUCGGCUUCACAUCUGGACCGCCUGGCUACUGUCAUCUGCGGCCUGUUUGGACUGUUCACUCCCUGAACAUUUAGGGGAACUGACUGAGAUCGCCUCAGAUGGUUUCUUGUUAGGGAAAAGGGGGUGAAUAUUUGGCUGGGACUUGACGUUAUCGGUGAUCCACUGGAACACCGUUGUCCAAAGCUGGACUGGCUGACUACUCAAGGAAAAAACGCAUAUCCAGCUAUGGAUUUUGCUUAGCGAAGUCACGCAUUUUUAAAGGCAACGCUAGGGUGACAUUGCAGUCUUCUCACAUAGGUUAUUUCGUCGUCCGACAAAAAAAUAAAAGAGUGAAAGUGGAGUAUUGUCCGUCAUACGUAUCAACGCAGUGGGAUUUCUACGUCUGGUCGGCGUUCACCCCCUCCCUUCCCGCGGUGACGGUUAUGGGUCGGAAGCGGUGUGUCGGUGCAGAUUGUUCCAAGAUGGCGGCCGGGUGCUGCGGGGUGAAGAAGCAGAAGCUGUCGGGAUCGCCCGGGUCGGGGGGUCCCGGUGGGGUGGGGAUAGGAAACGGGGUGGUAGGAACCGGACAUUGUGGCUCGGAGUUGGGGAUUGGCUCCUCCGCGACCGUUGCAGCAGCGGCGAACGUGAUCAGAGCCAACGGCCUGGGGGGACCCGGGGGUAGCGUUAGCAGCAGCAGCAGCAGUAGUAGCAGCAGCAGCGGCGGCGGCGGCGGCUCAAACGCUCUGUCCCCAGCCCAGGCCGGUUACACUUCAUCCGGCCUCUCCCCAAAUCUCAGCUCGGGACCUGGUUCGGGAGGUGGAAGCAGAAAAAUGGUCGUCUCAGCGGAGAUGUGCUGCUUCUGUUUUGACGUCCUUUAUUGCCACCUCUACGGAUACCAGCCUCCAAGAACACCCAGGUUUACAAAUGAUCCCUACCCGCUGUUUGUCACAUGGAAAAUAGGCAGAGACAAGCGGUUGCGAGGUUGUAUAGGUACAUUUUCUGCCAUGAAUCUGCACUCAGGACUCAGGGAGUACACCCUUACCAGUGCCCUUAAAGACAGCCGCUUCCCCCCUAUGACAAGGGAUGAGCUGCCUCGCCUCUUCUGCUCAGUGUCUCUUCUCACCAACUUUGAAGACGUUGGGGAUUACCUUGACUGGGAGGUGGGUGUUCACGGUAUAAGGAUAGAGUUUUUCAAUGAAAAAGGAUCAAAGCGCACCGCCACCUACUUACCAGAGGUUGCAAAGGAGCAAGGUUGGGACCACAUUCAAACCAUAGAUUCCUUACUACGAAAGGGAGGUUACAAAGCCCCCAUCACAAAUGACUUCAGGAAGACCAUUAAGUUAACCAGGUACCGUAGCGAGAAGUUGACAAUGGGUUAUGCAGAGUACAUCGCCCACCGCCAGCACCAUCACUACCAGAACGGCAUUGGGCACCCUCUACCACCCUACAACCAUUAUUCCUGACAGCGAGCCGCAUGACCAAUCAUUGGACCUCUCCGCGGACCUUUUCCCAGGAGAGCCUGCCCCCUCCUGGUCUAGCUAUUUCUACUACUGUACCAUUUUAUGAUGAUAGUUUCCGUUGCCAUGCCGGCCGUCUCCCAGACGUUGACGUGGCAACGGGUGGCAACGAAGCAUCAUUUGGCAAGAAAUCCACAUUUCUUUUUCUUUGCCUGAGUUUUUGCAGCAUAUGUACACGUGUAUCUAUACCCCCCCCCCUAUCCACUAAUAUUUUUUUAAAAUUUAAACAAAUAUUAGAUUUUAUCAAAAUUUCGUCUUUUCAGCAAAUCUAAUCAGGAUUUUGAUUCUGUGGAUGGAAGGAAGUCUCUUUAUGGUGGAUUUGUCUUGCGCUUAUAUUGUUUGGGCUUUGCUUCAGUUUAAAUUCUCUCGAAGAAAAUUCUUAUUUUUUUUCCCAUCUUUAUUUUAUCUUAAUAUCCAGACAUGUAUACCAUGUAGCAACGCAACUGCAGUUCUCAAAGGCAGUGUCAUCUCUAUUCUGAUUCCUCUCAAAAAAAGAAAACAGAUUGACUGACUGUUGAGCCUUGUAAACUCUUGUAGUGUUGUAGUUGGAACUAUAUAUUGGGAUCUGUAUACUCCAAAGUAUAGAUAGUAGGAUUGUGAUGCCCUUUGCUGGUAUUGUUUAUUGUUUGAGCUCACAAUUGUGGGUGUGUGUAUUUCUCGGUGUGUGGAUAUAGAUGUUGGUCUGCCACAAGAUGAAAACCAGUAGAGUCAAUUUAGAAAUGACCUAAAGAUUCCCGACCGUUUUGGAAACCUCCCCCCUAAAUAUUUGUCGUGUUUUGUGGUGGAACCUGUACACGUUGAACGGAGUUUGUUUGGCUAGAACUUUCAGCAAUGUUCCCUCUUUUGUGUAACUUUUUUUUUUUUUUUUUUUUAAUUCAAGGUAAUUGUGGAGGAAGCCAUUUUGUCUGAGGAUAAUCACGUCUGCGCCGGGGAUUUGCUAAUUAUCCAUGUAAAAAAAAAUUGUCUAUAAGUGGGUCUGAUUUGCCUGCAUUGGAGAGGGGGAGCAGGUGUAACUACAGGUCCCUGGGGGGGAAAAAAUAUGUGCAUGGACAAUGCUUUCAUUUAAAUUUACCGGGUCUGUUGGUGUCUUGAGUUUACUGGCAGGGAGUCACUUGAGUGGGACAUGCUGUAACUACUUAAAGCCAUAUUCUCUUUUUAUUCCACACUUUGCGAGGUUGGUCUGUUGUUUGGCUUGAAUUGCCAGAAGUACAUUCGGUACCACUUGGCUGGUAACCUCUAACAUAUUGGAUCUUCAACCUCCCUGAAUGCAAUCGUACCACCAGCCAGCCUCAGGCAAGGCUCCAUCAGUAAAUACUAGUCAAAGGCGACAGUUUCAGCCAUUUGUCGGAGGUCUCGUGUAUUGCCCGUGUCGUCGUGUAAACGUUGUCUUGCCUCUUCAGAUUAUAGCUAACCAUUUUGUCACUCGUUCACAAAGUAUGAUGUGUUUAAAAUUGUCAUUUUGAAAGAAGACUCACCACGACGAGACGCACAAAGGAAGCGAUCUAAUGAACACGUUGGUGUCAUGUAGAAGUGCACGUCAUUGUGCUUUAUUUUUUAUUUUCUUUUAGAUUCCGAAGCAGUUGCUGUAAUGCAGCAAGUUUAUUUAGUUGUUGAAACCGCACCACCGCCGUUCUCCUCUUUAACACUCUGCUGUUCAGUGAGAUCCCGUUGAUCUGUUUAUGUCCACGGCACAGAUUCCGCGGCCUGUUUUGUCAGCUGUAGGUUCGAGCGAACACAGUUGAAUUAGUUGGGGCAGAAUCUCUGCAUGGGGCCUGGCGGCUUGCAGUUUAAGGUCUACAAAUAAAAAGCCAGGGCUUUGUGAGGACUUAAGAAGCCAUUUCCCAUCCAGAUAUUACUUGUUAGGAGUCACAUCCACACACACUAGGCUAGUGAGAAUGUUUGAGCUGUUGUUUUGCUUUGGGUUCAGCUUUAGUUUUGCCAACUGGAAUUUUUGAGAGGGUCUUGUUACUCGACAUACUCGACAUACUCGUAACAGCCUUUACUAACUGACAGGUUAUUUUUUUUUCUUUAUGCAAAAAUGUCAAGGGCUUUUGGCACUCCAUCCACAGUAACCCGAAAUGACCCAUAUUUAAGUUGUGUUGCCUUAAAUGAAUGAUUAAAUAGAUGAUGGGCCGGUAGAUGAUGCGCUGACUGUUUCUCCGUCCCGUGGUUUGGUCUUUCCCAGCUCCCAUCUUCACACCACAGUGUAGGAAAGGGCCUCAGAUGUUUUUUUCCUCACUUGAAUGCUAAUACUCUGUUAGACUUGCGGGGGCUCCUGUAUGCCUGCAGUCUCCCGUUUGCUCACGUCUUAACCCAGCUGCUGGUCCUCAAUUCUUUUUUACUUUUUUUUUUUUUAAAGCCCCACAUAAACACAUUCUCUUAAAAUAAUGUCGGGCACUGUGGUGUUGUUCCCCCUAAAUGUUUAAACCACGGAAGAUCGUUUCAUGCCUCGUAAAAUGUAUGCUUUCCAUGAUGGACACACUACACACUACAUCAAAAGUUUGAAAGAGGAACAGUCAGGCUUUCAUUUCCUGGUCCAUUUUAAUACAGCACAACCUGAAUUCUUCUGCUGCAAAACCAAAUUGACCAUGCUCUUUUACAUAUAUGUCUUUGUAUACACAUGCAAUGUAUUUUGUUGCAUGUAUGAGUAUGAGACCUAUGGUUUUAUCCAUGAUAUGCUUGAUCUAUGGCUUAGACACUCUUAUUAACCAUUUAAGAGAUUUAAAAGACAAAUAUGGUGCUAUCGGACCUCAUAUUGGGGUGGUCACAGCUCGUGACUGGUCAUGCGGACUCAUUGAUCAUAUCAUACUUAAAGAUGCUACGUGUAAGAUUUUCUCUUCAGUGUGUUGCUGUGAAAUGAGUUAUGACGGCACAUUUUAAUAACUGAAGGAUGCGACUGUGGCCGAAAAACAAACGGUAGCCCCCAAGCAACCUGUGCUCUCAUGAACCACUGCGGGUGACUUUGGGAUCAAUUCCCUAUGGGAAUAGAACAGACUGACAUUCUUAAUCACAUAUAACAAAGAAGGAAAAGUCCCCGCAGCAAACGCGUCAUAGGGGCUAUUGAAUGUACAAUGGUCGUUAUUACAAUUUAACAGCGAUAUGUAUUAAAAGAGAGAAUCCUACAUGUGUUACCUUUACUAUCCUUGAUAUAUGCAGAUCUGUUCAACAGGUGUUUUUUUUUUUUUUUUUUUUUUUUUUGUUCCUACAUGUGCAAGUCAACACCCCUGCAGGUUUUGAAAGGACAAGAAGCCACACGUAGCCUCUCCC